GGCACCUCAGUCAUGUCAACUGCCUCUUGCGGAUGUUGAGAAGCUUGCUUCGAUCUCCUGACGUCAGUUGCUGCUCUUUCAGAAUGUGCUAUAAAGUCUGUGGUUUGUUUGCCAAGUCGUCUGUUUCUCUCCAAACCUCAUCUGCUGCACUCUGCUGAUACGAGCCCCAACUCACACCACGUACAACUCUGGUGUUGCAUCCAAUAGCCAUCGGAGAAUUUUCCUACUCGUCCUAUCCGCUUACACCUCAUUCCUCGCUCUCAGCUUCAAUAUGACCACCCGGCGUCGGGUUGCCGCAACCUCUGCCUUACCGCUCAGCCAAGACGAUCGUCGUCUGAAAACGAUCCCGAACUUUGAAGUAUCACUCAACAUUUACGAGGUUGAAAACGCCGUGGCAAUUCAACACUUCGCGCCCAGGAUUAUGGGUCUCGAGCGUGGUGAAUGGGAGGCUUGUGGACAGGUCCUCCUCGAGACUGAGAUGGUGAGGAACACAACGUUUCGCUGCGCGCCGAUCGUCAUCGGCGUCUCCGCACAUGACAAGCUUCCUCACAUAAUGCUCACGCCACCGACCAAGCAGGAGCUCAAGCGUCCAUGGGUUCCGUGCUGGACGGGACAGAAGCGCGUUGAGGGUCUUUUGGGAGUGCCCCACAAGGGUUACAACAGAAAAGACCGGAGGAAUAACGCAUGGACUCCAUUGGGAGUGAAGAAAACUUCAACAGCGGCAAGCCCUACUGUUACUAAGGUUACGAAAGUCCCACCCACGAAGCCAACGAUCACCGGUCGUGAUUAUAAGCUGAGGUUUCAGAAGAAGAUUGAGGAGAAUCUGAAGAAGGGUGUCGCAAAGUUACAACUUGCAGACUAAGCAUAUAUUUUCGAAAUAGCUCGGCUUCUUCUUGUAUUAUAAUUGACAAUCGUUGCUCGGGUGUCUACGUUGCAGGGCCCAUGCGUUCGCAA